AUGAGAGUGAGUCCGAUAAUACUCUCAGCAGCGGCUCGACUAGCUUGGCUAGACGGUCGUAUGACCCAUGAGGAUAUUAUCGCAUCGGCAUUAGUAUCAUCACCAUCCUCGUUGUCAACAACAACAACAACAACAACAACAACAACAACAACAACAAGAACAAGAACAGCAGCCAGAGAAAGUAUUUCUUUUGAAGCGAUGAUGAUAACCGCUGCUGUUGCUGGUGUCUCAACAGGAACAACGACAACUGGUCCAGAAUUAUCCACUGAAUUUUUCCUCAUACCAGAUUCACACCACCCGGAUAAAAAUAAUUUAGCAAGUGUAGCUAGUGUGAUAAGCGUACCGGCGCCAAAUCAAACUAUAUCUAUCUAUCCACCACCACGAUUUCCUAUCGACGAUACACGAAUACCAGGGUAUCCAGUAGUAACACCCCAUCAGACGAUACUGCGUCAGCGAACCUGGGCAUUACCACUAGCCGCUUUAAGUGCCGCUGCGAUGCUGCUUAUGGUUGCCUUCGAGAUCUUCGUACUCCUCAAGGCAAGAGCAGCCGCACCUAGUAGACGACAUCUAUUUCUUGGACAAGCACUUCUUCUAGGACUAUUUUUACUGGCUGGACUAUCAGCGGCAGCAUCACUAGCACCUAAUCCACUUUCGUGUGCGGCAUUUAGACUAGUUGGGCUACCAGCGGCUCUGGUAUUUGCCGCGCUUCUUGUCAAGUGUGUCUUUCUGCUUUCCCUCAACAGCGGUGUCUAUCUUCCAGCGCCGUAUCAGGCGCUCGUUCUUAUAUUUGCUGUGCUCGUUCAAGUGGCAAUUGUGGGCCAGUGGUUUUACGGAGAAACACCGGCUGUUAUUCGGCCUCGAAUUAUUGAAGCCAAUACUCCAUUCAUUCAGCAACAUACACUUUGCAAAACACCUCUUGGACAAACUGUUGCUUCAUUAGGUUAUCCAGGCAUAUUACUUAUCGCCGUGACUUGUCUAGCAAUACGUGCUCGUGGAGUACGUGAUAAUUACCGUGAAGCAGCUUUCAUCGGUCUAGCAGUAGGACUGACACUUCCUAUUUGGCUGACAAGUGCAAUAGGUUCCACGGUUGCCGUUGAGAAUGAUCGUGAGGCCUGGCUAGCUUACGGGUUACUCUCAACGGCACUUAUUGUUUUUCUUACCAUGUUCUUGCCAAAAGGACGACAAUUAGCCGCGCUGGGCCGUGAAGGACCUGGUGGGAUUCCCAGCGGGGUUGCUGGCGGUACAACUGUUGUUAUUCGUGAUCAUGACGAUGAUCGAUUGAGUUCGUUACCCGGCAGUGGAUACUCGCCCUCCUUUUUCCAUUUCAAACCUGCUGAGGCCAGUCUGAAAAGGAAGAUGCAUUAUCAGAGCGCAGAUCGUGUGGCAUUGGUAUCCUCGGGAAUGCCCGGCUGCAGUGCGUGCAGACACGGAAGCAGUCCUGUUUACUCAGAAGAUAGCGAGCGAAUUAAUGAGAUGAUUAAUGUUGUAGAUAUGCAGGCACCUGUGGAAACAUUUGUUCUGCCCCAUGGAAUGUAUCUUCAAGGACCUGAACUUGACGCAGGAAACCUUUACACCACGUUAUCGGCUAAUCCUAAUGUUUUCUUCCAACGAGCCCAUCCAGGAAUGAUUUACUGA